UUUCUUAAAAUAAAGGUAGGAAUCUACAAAUGGGACUGCAGUAGUGCGCCCUGACCACUAGAAGGCGACCUAGGUGCUUGCCUAGACCACCUAUGCCAUGACACGGCCCUGGAUUGCAGUGAUUUAUAGCGUUUUGAGAACAAUUUCAUUUUAGCGAAAUAAAAUUCACAUUUUAAGGUAAAAAAGAACGCUUGUGAAUUGAAAGUUGCAAAAUGCGAUUUACUUACACAAGUUUUUCCCCCCAAUUACUUUAACAUUUGGAAACGGGGCUUUAAUUGUUAAAAUAAUGCUGAACCUCAAGUUAACUUUAUCUCGCCGGAUUAUAAUGGAAAAUUGCCACCACACACACCUACAAUUUAGGUUUGUGUAGGUUUCUGCUUGACCCUAUUGUUUGCUGGGAUCCAGCUUCUUCUCGACCCUCCUCUAGUCAGCAGGUUUGGAAAAUGGUUGGAUUGGUCACCACGUGAACUCUUACAUCAAAUUAGUGGCUGAUGAAGUUAACACCACAAAAGUACCUCUAGUUUUACGUGCUAAACAAUUAAUGAGCGACUGGUGGAGUCAGCUUGUGUAUAGACAUCAUCACAAGAAAGACUGGCAGGAAGCAAUGGAUGAAACUUACCUACAACACCUCCAUAUGAUUCAUGUGAAUCCCCUUUUUCUUGCUGCCAAAGAAAAUGAUGUGUCAUCUAUUAAGAAAUUAAUCAAGUGCCCCUCAACAGAUAUAUAUGAGAAAGGUGCACUAGGAGAAACCGUGCUUCAUAUUGCUUCUUUGUUUGACAGCCUAGAAGCAGCUGUUGCUUUGAUUGAGGCAGCACCUGAUCUCAUUAAUAAACCCAUUAUUUCUGACUUUUCUGAAGGAGAGACUGCUCUCCAUAUUGCUGUGAUGAAUGAAAAUAUAAAUCUUGUCCAAGAGCUGAUUCGCAGAGGCGCUGAUGUGGUCACCCCUCGGGCAACAGGCGAAUGCCUUCCCAAGAGGAGACGGAAUCUUGUGUAUUUUGGUGAACACAUUCUGACAUUUGCAGCCUGCACAGGGAAUGAAAAAAUUGUUCGUUUACUGAUUGACAAUGGGGCAGAUAUAAGGGCUCAAGAUCAACAAGGUAAUACAGUCUUGCAUGUCCUGGUCUUUCAACCCAACAAGCUCAGAUCCUGCCAAAUAUAUGACUUAAUUAUGUCAUAUGACAUGGAAGAAGACAGUAGAAUGUCAUUGGAUAUCAUCCGGAACAAUAAAGGAUUGACUCCUUUGAAACUUGCUGCAGCUGAGGGUAACUCAAUGAUGUUUCAGCAUAUAGUGAACAAACGUCGCAUAUUCCACUGUUUUUUGGGACCACGGUCAUCAUAUCUCUAUGAUCUUUCAGAAAUUGACUCGUGGGUAGAUGACCACUCAGUAUUGGAACUUAUUAUCUGCAGUGAAAAAAGAGAGGCUUAUAAAAUUUUGGAAAUUACUCCAGUGAAGCAGCUCAUCAAGCUAAAAUGGAUGAAAUAUGCAAGGCAUUACUUUCGCUUUCUGAUGCUUGUGUAUAUUUUGUACAUCACCAUCUUUACCCUAUGCUGCAUAUUUCGACCACUUAGAUUACGUCCAGACAACGCAACAGAUCCCAGAGAUGUCUUGCUAUAUGUUAAAAAAAGUGUGCAGGAAAGUUAUGUCACCUACAAUGAUCAUCUUAGACUGAUUGGUGAAAUGAUUAGUGUAAUUGGUGCUGUGGUCGUCCUUCUAGUUGAGAUCCCAGAUAUACUAAGAGUUGGAGCUACAAAAUAUUUUGGUCAUACCGUUUUGGGUGGCCCUUUUCACGUCAUCAUCAUAACAUAUUCCUGCCUAUUACUGAUCUUAUUCAUGCUUCGGAUAACAAACUCACAAGGAGAAAUGGAAAUUAUGGCAUUUGCACUGGUGCUUGGCUGGUGUAAUGUACUUUUUUUUGCUCGUGGAUUUGAAAUGUUAGGUCCAUAUGUUGUCAUGGUCCAUAAGAUUAUGAUUAGUGAUAUGUUAAGAUUUAUUUGGCUGAUGAGUUUUACUCUUAUUGGCUUCAGUACAGCCCUGUGGAUGCCUUACAUGACUCAAGAUCCUGCUGCAGAUGACCAUUUCAGUGACUUCUCCACAACAUUCUUUUUGCAAUUUGAAUUGUCCUUGGGACUGUUGAAUUUACCAUUAAAUUUCACUGUGUGGACUCCAAACAUAGUGAAGGUUCUCCAUACAGCCUUAACGGUCUUUGCCUUCCUAGUUAUCAUGUUUCUGCUAGUUGCCAUGUUAGGAGACACACAGACAAGGGUGGCAGAGGAAAGAAAUGAGAUUUGGAGAGCCCAGGUUGUAGCAACUAUAAUAAUGCUGGAACGGAAGCUACCUCGAUGGAUGUGGACAAGGAUUGGUAUUUGUGGAAAAGAAUAUGGAUUAAAGAACAAAUGGUACUUAAGAGUUGAAAGCUGUAAAACACAUGCUACUAAGAAACUGAAUCAUAAUAAAUCUGACUUCAAUGAGAGCUUCACACAUGAGAUAGGAAUGGCAGUGUCUAAUGUGAAUCCAUGUUCUGCUAAUGGAGAAUCCAAUAAUCACUCCCAAACAUCUUUAAAAGGCUUGAAAAUCGCCAGUAAAAACUCUGUAAACCAGACUGAAAGAUCGACAGCUAUACCAUCACUGAUAUCACUUCUGGCGUACCACACACCAUGAUCUUUUUCUAAAGCUGGAAGGACUUGUAACUCAUAACCAGAAG